GGAGUAGUUUGCAUCUUCCUUGGGAAACUUGAUUUUUUCAAGAUUUUGGAGGACAUGCCAGCCAAAAGGGCUGUUCUUCUGCUCCUGGAUGUUUAAAAAUAUGCCGUCUUAAGUUAGCAGCCACAGAGACUCAGUUAGAUGGCCAAACAGAGCAAAUAAGGUGGUUCUUCACACAUAGAUAGUAGACCCAAGGAGCUCGUUACCAAACAAUGUGAGGGAUGUAAAACAUCUACAUAGCUUCAAGGAGGGGGACUGGGCAGGUACUCAAAAGUGAGAGCUAGUGAGGGGUACUGGGCACACAAAUUGCAUGUUGGGCUGACAGUGUCCCUAAAACCAGCCCUCAGCUUUUGCACCUCUUCUAUUCCAAAUGGCUAAACUUUUUCUAAUCUCAGAAGAUGACACCCAUGCACUUUGAAGCCUUUUUGUUUUUGAGAAAUUCUGUAUGAAAUCAAGUAUUCAUAAGGAGCUAAAUGAUCUAUUUUGACACAGCCAUCAUCCACACAGGCUACAUUUUUUUGGCUCAGAAAGUGUUUCCAGAAUGGUUGUCAUUCAGGAAGAAAUAGGGGUUUAUAAAAAUUCAUGUAGAUUUAGUCCCAGAGGCAAUAAAUGUGUCUUUGGAAUUAAUAUGGUCUUCAGAAAGAUUCCCAAACCAAGACUAGCUGUGAAUAUGGAAUCAGAUUCCAGCAUAACAGGAAAGUGAGAAAAAUAUUUUUAUAACAAUAAGAAGAGCAAUUAAAAUCCUUUGUCAGAUUUCAGGAGGAAAAAAAAAAAGUGUUUAAAAAUAGGCUGAAAUGUUAUUGUAGCCUAAUUCCACAUGAAUGACUACAAAAAUGGGUUGUCUUUCUACCACUCAAACUGUUUCCAAGUAUCUGCUGUCAUAGACAACAGAACAUAACAAUCUGAAAAAUAAAAUCAUGCCAGAUUUUUUUUUUUCGCUUGUGUCUCAUAACUGGAUGUAGCAUCAAUAUAAUUUAGUAGAAGAUUUUUGGACUGAGUUUUGGGUUUGUUUUGUUUUGCGUUUUUUUUUUGGUCUGCUUUCCCACCGUCUGACAAAUACAAACAUCUUGCAGUUUGUCUCACAUUCUAUAUUUCAGAUUCCCAGCUCUCUAACUCCCACAUUUCUGAUUCUGUAAAUGCAUCUGCUACAGGAGCUGAUACAAGUAGCUGUAACCUCUUCUCUUACUCUAUAAUCUAAUGCACUUAGCGAGCCAAUGAAUAUGUGUGAAAGGAGGGGCUUUCUGGCUAAGGGACUCCUUGCAGGGGAACAGCUGUUAGAACAGCAAAACCUCAACCGAAGCCAGGCACACACAUCUCUCAGUGGUUUUGUGCAUCUAGGUCUGGCAAGACAAUUCCCUCCUCUCUUUCUCUCACUGCAAAAAGUGAGAAAACUAGCACAAAGAAACUUAAAGAAGACGUGAUCUCAAUUGUGAAACGUUUCAGAAGAUCCAGUAAUGGCCUGGAUCAGCAAUAUCUCCUGGUUUAAUCACUUUGCUCUCCAUGAAGAACGUUUCAGGAGGUACUUGAACAGCACUGAGGAUUACUUAGCCUUCCUAUGUGGGCCCAGACGGAGCCAUCUGUUCUUGCCUAUGGCUUUGGUGUACACCCUCAUCUUUGUUGUUGGGGUGGUAGGUAACUUCUUAGUUUGCCUAGUAAUCCUCAAGCAUCGGAACAUGAAGACCCCAACCAAUUACUAUCUCUUCAGCCUUGCCAUCUCAGACCUGCUUGUGCUGCUUUUUGGGAUGCCACUGGAAGUCUAUGAGAUGUGGAGCAACUACCCCUUCUUGUUUGGGCCUGUUGGCUGCUAUUUCAAGACAGCGCUCUUUGAGACUGUGUGUUUUGCCUCCAUCCUCAGCGUGACCACAGUCAGUGUGGAGAGAUACAUCGCUGUCCUUCAUCCUUUCCGUGCCAAGCUGAAGAGCACUCGCAAGCGUGCCCUGAGGACCAUCGUGGUGCUCUGGGUGCUCUCUGUCCUCUUUGCCCUCCCCAACACGGGCACCCAUGGCAUCAUGCUGCAGUAUUUCCCCAAUGGCACCCUGGUCCCCGGCUCUGCUACCUGCACUGUAGUCAUGCCCAUGUGGAUCUACAACUGCAUUGUCCAGAUUACUUCAUUUCUUUUCUAUUUGCUGCCUAUGGGGGUAAUAAGUGUGCUGUACUAUCUGAUGGGGCUAAGACUGAAAGGAGAUAAAUCUUUGGAAGUGGAGGAAGUGGCUAUGAACGUUCAGAGACCAUCCAGGAAAUCAGUCACCAAGAUGCUAUUUGUCCUCGUGAUGGUUUUUGCGAUCUGCUGGGCUCCAUUCCAUAUAGAUCGACUUUUCUUCAGCUUUGUUGUGGAAUGGACUGAGCCUCUGGCUAAUAUAUUCAACUUAAUUCAUGUGGUGUCAGGUAUUUUCUUCUAUCUGAGCUCUGCUGUGAACCCCAUCAUUUACAAUCUGUUGUCCCAGCGCUUCAGGAUGGCUUUCCUCAGUGUGAUUUCUCCUUGCUGCAAGCAUUGGGCCCCUACACAUCCCUCUAGCAAGACACCUGCCCAGCAGAGCAUCUUCGUGAUUGAGGACCACAAUCUCAUGGACUCUGCUGAAGACACAAGUCUCCCUGGCACCCACAGGACAUCUGUCAGCAGUUCUCAGCUCUCCACUGGUCUGUGACUUUCCAUGUUGUGAUCCAGGUGAAACAGAAGUUAAAAAAAAUUACUUUAAGAAACAAAAAGAGGAGACACCCUCCUAAAAGACUUAUUUCAGCAAGAAGAGCUCACAGAGAGUGUCUUCGAUGAACGAAUGAGGAGUCUGUAAUUAGCUGUUGAUUGAGAAGCAUUGUAUUACUCUUAUGCUAAUAGGAGGGCUGGAAAUCUCAGUUUAUUGUGUGCAAGAGAAGAGCUGCUUUAUAUAAACAGGUCACACUCCCAAUGUUACCAGCACAGGAAGGAGACACAGCUUAUCCAAGUCUUACUGAAUGUAUUUUGUGCACCAGCCUAAAUGUCAGUUUUUACUUAGUCUGAAAUAGGGCAACUUGCUGCACAAGUCUACCCACUUCUAGCUUUAAGUAAACCAGCCUCGUUUCUCUCUCCUAUGACCUUCUCGAGGUGUGACUGUUGCAAGCCUCUCUUGGCAACAUAAGCAAAUAGGCAUGAAGAAGAGCAUCUCUGAGCUGGACCAGUAAACAUCAGACACCAGCAAUAACUAUUUCUGAACUAGAAAAAACAGGGAGCCAACAAUUGUAAAUUAAAAAUAAAGUGAAUUUUUGCUUUGAGCUAGGUGAACAUUCGGAUGGGGGGUGGUGAUUAAUGCCUUGAAUCACAUCAUCAAAAAAAUCUACUGUUUAGAGGGUUAUUUUUAACAAGUCUCAAAGUCACUGCCGCAUCUCCUCAUACUAUGUCUGACAGUAUCUACACAGUGUUGAAAUGGCACAUGCGUGCCACAAAACCAUCUACAUUAUCUGGGAAAUAGCCACUGGGGGGAGCAGGGGAGACACUCGGGAUAUUCCUGGUGUGACUCUCUUGCUCAAAAUACAGCUAGUGAGGGAUAACUGCUUAGGUAAUGUGAAAAGUCUGCAGCCUUUGGAGGCUUGUCCUGUGCAUCAGGCAGUUUUAUUUUUGCCCAUCUACCUGAACUCAGUCUGACCAUGUGCAAAGGGGCUGUAGUAGGUCCCUGAUAUGUCCCAUGUUCUGCAGUUUGCAAGAACUUCUUAUAAUUGCUUGAAUUUGAGAUAUUUCUGCGAGUGAAGCCCUAUGGUCAUGCUUCAGCAGACUUCACACCUGCCCAUACCAGGUGGAUUACCGAAAUCAGAGAUCUCUGUGGGGUUAGCAACCACCAGGAAAAAGCCUGGACAGCAUUCACAACACAUGGAAUUGAGACAAAACUGCAGCAUCAGAGAAACUGAUACAAAGGCAACAGAAAAAGGAGUUUUGCAGUGAUAUUGCAUCUAUUGAAUUCAUGUUUUGCCAUGGACCACAAUAUAAGGUCUGAGAAUCUUUCCUGCAUCGCAGGAAUGUGAACAGAUCAUGAAGGCAGUACAUGUACAUCCAAGCUGAUGAGUUCCUGAGUUCUUUCCACUGCAAGGUCAGGACUCUAUUUUGUAAAGGGAGACCAGGGUGAAUCCAUUACAUGACAGAGAAUUUUACAAACCUCUGUGCCCCAAGUUACAAAGCCUGUUUGUUGUGUUUCAGAGAAAUGCCUUCCUUGUACAUUGUGACACAGGUCUAGGUUUAGCUGCCAUGCUGGGCUCAGGCUUGGCCCCCACUGCCACAGAAAAUCACCCAGUGUGUGUCAUCAAGCAGCUGGGACUUACGCAGUCAGAGUACACAGAUUUAUCAUAACGAAUACAAACAUUAGAUAUUCAACGAUGAUACACCAUAUGCAUAAAGGCUUAUUCCAGUCUGCUCACUGGGGAUCCAGAUGACAUUUCCCACCAAAAGAGGAAGGGGUUAUUCUGCUACAGUGGGCUCUUACCUGGUUUGCAGUCUUCUGUUUUGCCUCUCCCUGUGGGACUCUUGGGUGAGGUGAGAGCUGGGCUCUCAUGGAAGCUGUUGAGUCACCUUUUCAUGCAGAACAAGGGGAAUUUUAGCCCAUGUUUUUUGUCAGACCCAUUUUACCAGCUGCGAUCUUCAGAAACAAGCCAUGGGGAGAGUAAACACACACAAGGCCCUGGAGAGAAAAGGCAAUUCCUGCUCCCUGAGGAAACAGCUGAAAUGCUUUGCCACCCCCAAGUGGACACUUGAGUUUUAUCAGUGACAUUUACAUUUCUAGUCAUUAGUAUGUAUUAACACUUUUUCCUCCACCAGCCAUUACAGGGUGUUUUCCCUCUGGAUUUGCUGUGCUGGUCGUGCAGCACUGUGAGUGCGCAGAUCCCUGUUCUCUUGCUGGGCACUGAGCUCUGUGCUCCCACUAAUGUCUGAGGAUCUCCUGGGCAGCGGCCUUGCAGGAUUUCCUCCAUCACCCUGUGCCUCACUUGUGCAACUCCCUAACUGAGCCCAGGGUUUAUCCUCCUUAAUCCCAGCAUGUCUUCUCCACUGUCCUAGACACCCAGCCAAAGGAGCGAGGAGACAGUAUAGUUUGAUGUACUCACACAUCCACUGUAUGUUGAAGACAUGCUUCUGCAAGAUUUUGUGGCUUUUUGAAUGCAUCUUACACAUUUGGGACCAGACAUCAUCUUGUGUUAGUGCACAGAAAGCCAUCCAUGAGUGAUGCUGCUCUCUUCACCUCCCUUUAUGGGAGAAUUGUAACCUUGGCUGCAAAGCUCAGAGUUGUUAAAUGCAUUUCUGACUUGCAGAUGAGCACACAGACCCGCAGUCAGGACUGGGGUGUGAAGCUGUAAGGUGAAGGUUUUGUGUGAUCUCAAAUAAAAUGGCCAAAUAUUUGUUCCUUGGGCUUUGUGAGGAAGUGGUGAGGGAGAAAAAGCAUGUCUGGAUGGGGAAAUUUUAGAAGAGAAAUAGCGAGAAGCAAAUGACCAGGAACUCACCUCCUGUUGUAAACAACUUCUUCCUUUUUUUCUUUUUUUCUUCUUUUUUCUCCUAAAAGCAGUUUUUAGCACAUUUAAUUUGGUAUCAGUCAAAAGAAGUGACACUCAUAACAAAAAAAUACUGAGAUUUUUGGCAAAGCACUCAAAGGAAAAAUGAAAACAUGUGGUCUUGCACAAAGCCAAACCUUCUUUGAAAGUGUUAUUGGGAGAGACGUCAAAAUUCUUCUAAAUUCUGCUAAAAAAUAAAAAAAAUGCAGUGAAAAAAAAAGUCGCCUGGCUUGAGUUUGAGUGCUCCGAGUUAAAUACCCUGUGACAGCACAGCUCAGUUCCCCCUUGUUCCUGAGGGCACAUCUCGAGAAUGUAGUACAUGUCCACUGGAGGCUUUUCUUCCCAAAAGGUCAAUGCUUGAGUUAUUUAUCACUCUGAUAUUUACCUGGCUGAAUUUUCUAGUUCUGGAAGCUGGAUCCAAACAUGAAAAUACUGAGAAGAUGGAUAGAGAUGUCAUGAAAGCCAAUGGUAUUACUUUAUUUAUACAUCUAGCAGCUUUUAUGGCCAAAUGCUGAAAAAUGUUGGCAACUGGCUGAGAGAAAUUUCUCUUGCAAGGAACAAAGAACAACUCACUUUUCCCCAAAGUGGUCUAGUGUGAUAAAAAUAUAUUUAUUUGAAAUCAAGUGUGACUUCCUAGACAGAACUGUCUAUUGAUUUAUUUCUCUGCUUCUUCUUCCCUCUGGGAAAUGUGCAAGUGUAUGAGCAGAAAGUGGUUAGUGCAGGGGCAACACUCCAGCACUAUGGACAGUUUGAAAUGUGUUGCAAAGAAGCACCUAAACGAGAGAAUUGCUUGCAUUGCCAAUGAGUGAUACUCAGAUCUAAUGCCAGGUUCAGUACUGGAAAAAACAUCAUGACAGCAAGUGGACAAUUCUGUUAGGUUUAUAUGAAGAGUUUUUGGAUACUACUGUGUUUUGAAAUGUUUAAAUCAUGGCUUACCAGUGAAACUAAAUGUAUACUUUAUCUGCAGAGCUGGUUAUAUGUAUCUGUGCGUAACAUGAAAAUAAAUAUACUAGAGACUCUC